UGUCUGAAACCCUCCAGGCCUUUCAUCGUGCUCCCUUAAAACAUGGACCGUUAUCUCAUUAACAUAAGCAUUCCUGGAUUCUGAAGGAGUAUUUUGAUUUAGAUUUUUGUGUUACAGGCUAUUCAUUUGAAUUUUUUUUGUCUCUGUUGGGAGUUCUGAGUAAUUUUGCUGCCAUGGAUAAUCCUUUGUUUGGUGGGUCUUGGAGUCGAUUCCCUGAAAGGCGAUCUUAUCAAAGGCCGCAUUAUUGUCAUCCAAACCCUUACGCUGCAAAUUCGUUCGCCACUCCAGUAAAAUCGGAGACCACGUCCAAGGUAAAGGCCAAGAAGAUCGUCUCAAUUCCAAUCAAUUUCGUCGAUUCUGAGACACCCAAAUCCAAAAAGGCGCCCGCCAUGGACGAAAAUACAGCGGCUGUAAAAAUUCAAUCGGCUUUCCUAGGGUUUUGUGUGAGGAAGUCAAGGCCUCUGAACAAAUUGAGGGUUAUAAUGAAAACCAAGGCAGAGGCUGCAGAAAUUCAGAGGCGUGUGAAUGACGAACAUGUUGUGGAGUUGAUUAGAAGAGAUGAGAAGGAGCGGGUGAAAAUGACGGAGUGGAUCAUGUCUCUACUGCUUAGGCUAGACGAAAUUCAGGGAGUGAUUCCUUUUGUGCGGGAAUCAAGAAAGGUUGUGAUUCUUGAGCUGGUUAACUUGGAAGAGACUGUAGAUGACAUAAUUGCAGCCAAACCCAGGCAAGAUGCCGCUACAGAAAUUUCAGUAACUCCUGAAGCGACAGUGGAGGAUUGCACCAUUGUUGAAGAAAAUGGAUCUGGAAGGUGCUUGGAGGAGAGUCCCAAUGAGGAAUUCAAGAGAAAGGAGUUGCCAGGAGGAGCAAUUGAGGUCUCUGUGAGUAGUGAAAAAGCAUUAGCAGAGGAGUCUUUGCCUUCUCCAAUCCAAGAUUUGCAAAUUGAGGGUUCCCCUGAAGAAGACAAUAAUAACAUUGGAGUAGAAGAUUUUAAACAGAGCUCUUCUGAAGCUGGAAAAAUUGUGUCUGGCACAAUGGUUGAUGUUGUUGAUAAAGAUGCAGAGAAUUUGAAAAGAAACAAAGUUGAAAGCCUACUCUUGGAGGCCGAUCCAUCACCUGCAAUCCCUUACACAGAGGAAGGUGUUCAAUUAGGAAAUUCAAGGGAUGAUGAAGAAGCAGGGGAUGAGAUGACAGAGCAAGUAAAGCCCAUUGAAGAUAUUGGCUUGGUAAGAGAAGAGAAUGAGAAAUUAAUAAGGAGUCUAUCUGAUCUGUUGAAGAAAAGUGAGAAACAGAGUGAGAUUAUUCAUGAUCUGAGUCUGCGAGUUUCACAGUUGGAAGAGCAAGUAUCUCGGUGCAACAAAAAGAAAAAAGUUGGGGAUGGAAAGAAGAAAAGUGAUAGAUCUACAAAGGAAAGAGAUGCACAUACAAACAACAGGAGGAUAAAAUCUAACAGCUUUAUGGAGGAUUGGUUUUGACUUCUCCCCAUUCAAGUUUUGGUAAAUGCUUUAUCCCUACGAUUUUGCAAAAAUCUAGAAUCCAAAGAAGAAAGGUGCAAUAAAAUACAACAUAGGUACCCAGGAGCGGCACCAUCUACCCAGCCCUUAGGAUACACUGGUAUUUUAUGCAUAUAUUACAUGUUAUACAUACAUAUAACUGUAUGGCAACGUCUACCGCAUCCUAUGCAUACAAUACAUGUUACCCAUACAUUACAUGUUACAUAUAUAUCUAACUUCAUGCCUGCAUGCUGAUGCAUCCUAGGGGCUGGGUAGACGUUGCCCCCA